AUGCGCAAUCAGUGGGUCAGGAUUGACGACCCCAUGCACGACAAGCUCGUGAACUGGGAGACAAAGGCGCUCAAGGCCGUCGAGGAUGCGAAAGAUGCCCUGGUUGCGCUUUCCUCCCGGGAGGGAGUGUCGUCUGUCGCUAUGGUAGCCGGCCCCCACAAUGGGGAGUUCUACGGUCUUCCUGAGGUGUAUGAUCUCGAGAUGGACAGGCACACUGAGGAUUUGAAGAAGCGGGGGAUUCGUAUCGUGGAUCCCCAGGCGCUGAUCCUGGCCACCGAGAGAUACGACAGCUUCCACAUGGAGGCGACGCAUGAAAAUGUCAAGAUGACCACGAUGUGGUACUUCCACCUCGCGUCGGCCAUCAUGCUUGAACGAUGGCUCGUCAAGCAUGCGAUGGAGCUCAAAGCCAAUUCGCGUGGCAUCUUAUUUCAUAACCAUUUUCAUCUUGGUUUCGGCUUGGAAGAGCUCGACAUCCCGCCAACAACUGAUCUGCUGAUUCCGGCAGCGGCGGAGAUGGUCACCUUCCCACCCGAGGCGCCACCGGUGCAGCGCUAUCCGGAAGAAGAGAUCGUUCUCAACCAGCCCAUUCUCUCUUUAGAGAAGAUCGAUGAGAUCGAGGGUGUGGCUCCUAUUGAUUUCGUUGGGGAAAUAAUGCGUGAGUCGGAAGACAUCACUGUUGAAGAUCAGGAGCACAUCACCGUGGAAACGGUUGACCCUGGAUCUGUCGAAGAGAAGGCUGUGCUUGAGCGUAUCGCUGUCGUGGAUCAGGUGAUGACGUCCGAGGAAGCGGCGAGCGUGGCUGAAGAGCUUGGCAUUGCUCCCUAUGAGUUUGUUGAGCCCAAUGUCAAUGCGACUUCUGUAGUGGACGGAGAGGCAGCGUCUACCGUUGCCACAUCCGAUAUCCCGACGGAAGUCUGGAACUCUGGCCCGAUGAACAUUGAUUAUGGACGCAUGGGCUACUUUCGCCUCAAUGAGAUGGAGUGCGUUUCUCUGGGCAAGAAGCUUAGCUUUCACCUGCGAGGCCAUGCGAAGGAGAAGGGCUUCAAGACGUGCGAAUUUGAUGAAGAGCAGGCUGCCGAAAUUGGAGAUGUCCUGAAAGUCAUCGGCAAACAAUGGUCGAGGCUAACGGUCAUGACCAUUAUCGACCUUCUUACUUCGCGUCACUGCGACAAAGGCCGCUUUGAGCUCCAGGCGGAAGCCUCGGACGAAGACACCCGGCUAGGGAACUUCACCAGAAUUCGUGCUUUUCAGGGCCACAACGCGUGUCUUCUGGUCCUUGAUGGCAACCCCAAGAAGACCACUGUAAAGCAAUGGGCGCUUGACCAUUGGGUUCCAUCGUACACCGUCAUGCCUUUGACGGGUCCCUACCCUUAUCGGGCCACGUCGUUCGAUCUGAUGCCUAAGCUUGGCUACCAUGCCACUUACUGGCGCAAUUUCUCGAAGAUCGUGAACGCUGGCCUCAUCCCGGGAGGGAAGAUGACGUCCAAGGGCAACAGUGGCAGGGCGAUUAUGUAUGCCUACGACCGGACGACCCAGGAGAUGAUCUGGGCGAAUCGUGCCUACGAACCAGCGCGGAAGCGCUUGGCCCUGGCGUGCAAGGACAAAAGCGUCGCCACUCCGAUCUAUGGCGAACGCGAACGCGGCCAUCAGGGACUCGUUGAUGCCAAUGGCUAUUGCUACAACUACAUUGUGGCAGGCCUAGGGGCUAUGAAUUUCGAUUCCGGGCGGGAUGCAGCUAUGGCUUGCAAUGAUGUCUAUGACCUCGAUUUCUAUCCAAUGCAUGCUGUUGGUCUUGAGGUCAGCAUCCCGGAAGGGCAUGCCUUGCACAACAUCGGCUCACUUUACCAGAUGGUGGUUCAUGUUGCUCCCAGGCACCCACAUCGCAAGUGCAGGAGUGAGGCUGAUUGGCGACGACAGGAAAACAUCAGCAUUCCUCCUUUCGGCUGUCCGUCGUGUGGCAAUUCCAACAUUGACGGGCCCUUGAGAAUGGCAGAGCCAAGAGAGUUGCCGAAGGGUGAGCCUAUGGAUUACAGAACAUUGCAACCUCGCGGCUUCGUGAAUGCCAACAGGGCCACCGGGCACAAGAAAGACAGGAGCGCAGGAUCCGGACCGGCGGCUAUCCGACAACAAGCCGCAAAGUACCUAGGAAAGGCCUUGAAAGACGGGGUGCGCCCGGUCAUGGAGCGCCGCUCUCGUGAUCCCUUUCAGUCCUACAACAACGCUAGGUUUGGGAUCUCGAUCAACGGCCUGGACCUUACGUUGACGAACCACUGCUACGCGGCAUUUGUUGACCGGUUCUACAAGUUGGAUGAGGCAGCACUACUUGCUUUCGCGGUGCACCGCAACGACUGCACCCUUGAGAUCUUGGGCUUCAGUGGUCGCGUGCUAAAGCCAGCAGGUCCCGCAGUGCAGAUCCUUGCCCGGAUUGUCGGCUUCUUUCAAGAUGAGGUCCAUUAUGCCGUCGAAAGGGGGGAGAGCGUGCCUGAGUUGGUCAUCCCACAAGGCGAGGAGCUUCGCAUCCCGGAAGGGCUUGCCACUCUCGGCGAUCGCCAGCUCAACGAGCUGUUGGUGAACAAUAAGUUUGCCCGCGUGAUGCCAAGUGGCGGAAAUGUCAAUGAGAGGCUAGACCUUCCACAGGAAGCGCAUCAGCUGCACAUCGUUCUGGUUCGGUACCUCCCAAGUCUCGUGCUCGUCCACGUGAGCCAUCCCCAGCUGUUGCGGCAACAGGGAUGCGGCCAACUGAGCCGAAUUAUCCGCCGCCCGGGAGGGAUGUGCCAGCUUCAUCUUCUGCGGGAUCCAAUCGUCCGCCCGAGCCUGCUGCUCCGCCGACACAUGGACACGUCGCAGCUAAGGAAGCUCGCCACGAUGCUCUUCUGUGGGCGAGACUUAAGGCGAGCCGCGACAGAACGGUUCCUCGGAGGAUGGAAGCGGGCGCAGUCCCGCGCUUCGGCCAUCCAGACGACUUUCUCAUCUUGA